CUCUUUAAUUUAGUCAAAAUUUCCAAGAAAAUGUUGUCACUUGGUAUUUAUAUUAUUGGAUCUUUACUUGUUAUAGCAAUUAUACAUCAUUGGAGGAACCCUAAUUUCAAAGGGAAACUCCCACCAGGUUCAAUGGGUUGGCCAUUACUUGGUGAGACUAUUCAAUUCUUUGCACCAAAUACAUCAUUUGAUAUUCCUCCUUUUGUGAAGGAGAGGAUGCAAAGGUACGGGCCCAUAUUUCGAACUAGUUUGGUGGGACAUCCAAUAAUAGUAUCCACUGAUCCUGAUUUUAAUUAUUUCAUCUUCCAACAAGAGGGACAAUUGUUUCAAAGUUGGUAUCCACAUACUUUCACAGAGAUUUUUGGAAGGCAAAAUGUUGGAUCUUUACAUGGUUUUAUGUACAAGUACCUGAAAAAUAUGGUACUAAAUCUUUUUGGCCUUAAAAGUUUGAAAAAAAUGUUGCCUGAGGUUGAGAAAACUGCAAAUAAUAACUUGAAUAGAUGGUCAAGUCAGAAGAGUGUUGAGAUGAAGGAAGCAACAGCCAAGAUGAUAUUUGAUAUAACUGGAAAGAAACUUAUUAGCUAUGACUGUGAGAACUCCGAAAAUGUGUGCAAAAAUUUUGUAGCUUUUAUACAGGGAUUAAUUUCUUUCCCUUUAGACUUUCCUGGAACUGUCUAUCACAAAUGCUUACAGGGAAGAAAGAAGAUAAUGAAGAUGCUCAAGAGAAUGCUAGAGGAAAAGAAAUCACAACCAAAAAAGGAACAAAGUGACUUCUUUGAUUAUGUACUAGAAGAACUUCAAAAUAAAGAAACAAUUCUCACUGAGGCAAUAGCUUUGGAUUUGAUGUUUGUGUUGCUCUUUGCUAGCUUUGAGACAACCUCUUUGGCUAUAACUUUGGCUAUUAAAUUUCUUCAUGAACAUCCAAAGGCUAUGAAAGAAGUAACAGUGGGAAACAAUCAAAGGAGGAGACAUAAUACGAACUCCAGGCUUACAAUUUCCAAAUGGCUACCACGUUAAAAUCACUGAAAAAAAUAAUUAAGGUUCAUAUAUCGAAGCCAAUUCAACAUUAAAAGUUUAUGAGUUAAUAUGUAAUAAUAACUGACUUCAUAACCAAAUGUUCCUAAAUACUGAAUGUUCAUAGUUUGUGUGAAUAAUGCAUUUAUAUUUACCUUUCUUUUA